GGUAAAUACCGGUUUAUAGCUUGUGUCAUAUUUUGGUGCCCGAUCAUCUGUUGUUUGGGCUGUCUUUAAAUGGUUCUUUAAUUUGUGAGGUUACACUCAUUUCCAAGCACCUAGGCUAUUUAAAAGAGUGCAUAUAGUGGCGGAGAGGUUUAUAAGUGAUGCCAGUAUCUACAGAAAAAGACUUUUACCCAGAGGCGGCUAUUACAGCACAUAACCACGAUUCUACUAAUUUUAAUAAUGAUCAUUUUACUUGCUCACACCUGUGAAACAGACACCGUAACAGUGUAGAACCUGUGUACGUCCAUAGUUGUAAACAGUGCCAUGGUCCAGCUGAAUGUCAAAUAACCUUGAAUUAUGCAACAGCAAACAGUUUUUGUGCUGCUUCUGAGUGAAUGGAGAAAUGACCCCUGCUUGUUACACACCCUUAACGGGUUCUUAUUUGGAUCUCAACAAGAUAUUGCCUGCCAAAAAAUAACCAGUAAAGUAAAAUGGGAAGUCUAUGGGAAAUUCAUUUUUAAAUAGGAAAAAGGUUUGUGAAGCAGUAAAAGUAGAGGGAAUUAAAUUUUUACCAAACCACAUAUUGAUGUUCAGACUGAGGCAAAGGAUGUGUUUUUGUUCUCACAAUUGCACUUUGGAGUCACAUCAAUAUUUUGCCAUCAGAUGUUGUCAUCAGUGCGUUGGUGGAUAUUGUCUCAGUGUAAACACCAGUUUUUUCCUAGGCCUGUCAGUACAGAGCUGAAUUUCAGCCUGAGGACUGGGAGUCCACAAGAGGGCCAGCUGAAAACGGCUGGCAGUGAAUGGGUGGAGAGUCUGUCUGUAAAAGGAGAUGGGAGUCAUGGGAGGGGGCAGAAAUGCCAGUAAACCAUAGUUUGAGCACAUUAAGGUCUCUGUCCUGUCAACAAACAAAAGAUCUAGAUGUCCUUAUAAAAGCUAAUUAGCUAUUAAGAAUGUAGGCCGUAGGAGUAAAUGUUUGAUAGACAAAAUACUGAAUGAAACCACUGGUAGAGCAAUAUGACAGCAGAACAAAAACACGUUUACUUAGCUGACAGACACAGCAGGCUUUUUUAAAGAAAUAGAUUAACUUUUCCCACACUGGCUCACUGUUGUUCAUCAUUAAAAUCUGUAUUUUGAUCAACAUCUUUGUGAUAGCCUAAUGCUCUACUAAAACCACGCACUCCAAUGUUUUAGACAGGACUUUUCACUUGAAUGUCCUGAUUGCUACUAAACAGAUUUUUUUUUCUGCAAUGAUGCAUUUUCCAAGCCAACAUAAGUCUGCAUGAAACUGCAUAAAACGUCCAGAGAGACUUGCGUAAGCAUAAUUUCAAGCGACAUAUUCAGUCUUCUAAAUGAAACAGGCGACUCAGUGAGCCUGUUGCCGCAUGAGAUGACUGUGUGGUGAGGUGAAACGCCUGUUUAAACAGGAACUUUAACGUUAGCUGCCGCCCUCUCCACCGUUCAUGGCCUGCUUUGAAGCCGGACUGGUAGAUGUCCAAGAGUCGGAGAGAUGAGUCGAGCAGAGAGGUUCAAGAGUCUGGAUGGUCUUCGUGCUGCAUUGCAGAUAUGAGAAUGAUUCAUGUGUAACAGGCAGCCUUGCAGACCAGUACUCAGACCCAGGACGAGCCAAGCCUUCUCAGAACUGGAGACCCUCUCCCCGCCACGUCUCUCGCCUCCACUGCGUGCCCCCUUCGGUGAUAUAUACCCCGAAGAGAGCCGGGGGUCUGGAGGGACAGUCACUGUGGACUUCCUGGAAGGGACGUAUGACUAUGCUGCUCCAACCCCUGCUUCGACUCCUCUCUACAACCACUCAUCCACUGGCUACUACUCUGCUCCUCUAGAUGCCCCCGGACCACUCUCUGAUGGCAGCCUCCAGUCCCUGGGCAGUGGGUCUGCAAGUCCUCUUGUGUUUGUGCCCUCUAGCACUCAGCUCAGCCCAUUUAUGCACCCACCUAGUCAGCACUCUCUGGAGACCACCUCAACAUCCGUCUACAGGUCCAGUCAGCAGCCGGUAUCCAGGGAGGACCAGCGUGGCACCGGUGACGACUCACACGGUGUGGGGGAGUCGGGGGCUGGAGCUGAGAACAGGGGGUUUGAAAUGGCCAAAGAGACACGUUUCUGUGCCGUGUGCAGUGACUUUGCCUCUGGGUACCACUAUGGGGUGUGGUCCUGUGAGGGCUGCAAGGCCUUCUUCAAGAGGAGCAUCCAGGGUCACAAUGACUAUAUGUGCCCAGCAACCAAUCAGUGUACCAUAGACAGAAAUCGGAGGAAGAGCUGCCAGGCUUGUCGUCUUAGGAAGUGUUAUGAAGUGGGCAUGAUGAAAGGAGGUGUGCGUAAGGACCGCAGCCGUGUUUUGCGGCGUGACAAACAACGGAUUUGCACCAGUGAGAGAGUCAAGGCCUCUAAGGACCUGGAGCACAGAACAGCGCCUCCUCAGGAUGGAAGGAAACAGAGCAGAAGUAAUAAUGGCGGUGGUGAAGGAGGAAGAUCAUUGUUUACUGCCCUGCGUCCUGACCAGGUGCUCCUCAUGCUCCAGGGUGCAGAGCCCCCAAUACUCUGCUCCCGUCAGAAGCUGAACCAACCGUACACUGAGAUCACCAUGAUGAGCCUGCUUACCAACAUGGCCGACAAGGAGCUGGUCCACAUGAUUGCUUGGGCCAAGAAGCUUCCAGGUUUCCUGCAGCUGUCCCUCCAUGACCAGGUGCAGCUGUUGGAGAGCUCAUGGCUGGAAGUGCUGAUGAUCGGGCUCAUCUGGAGGUCCAUCCACUGCCCUGGCAAACUCAUCUUUGCACAGGACCUCAUACUGGACAGGAACGAAGGUGGCUGUGUUGAGGGCAUGGCUGAGAUUUUUGACAUGCUGUUGGCCACAGCGUCCCGCUUCCGCACGCUCAAACUCAAACCUGAGGAGUUUGUUUGUCUUAAAGCUCUCAUCUUGCUCAACUCCGGUGCUUUCUCUUUCUGCACUGGCACCAUGCAGCCACUGCACGAUAGCGUGGCAGUGCAGAACAUGCUGGACACCAUCACUGAGCUCGUACAUCAUACCAGCCUAUCAGGAUGCUCGUUUCAGCAGCAGUUGAGACGGCAGACGCAGCUACUCCUCCUGCUCUCCCACAUCAGGCACAUGAGCAACAAAGGCAUGGAACACCUCUACAGCAUGAAGUGCAAGAACAAAGUGCCCCUGUACGACCUGCUGUUGGAGAUGCUGGAUGCUCACAACCUCCAUCGCCCCAUCAGACCAGCUCAGGCCUGGUCCCAGACUGACAGAGACCCUCCCCCCACCACCAGCAGCAACAACAACAGCAGCAGCAGCAGUAGUAGUGAAUCCUCUUCAGCUGGCUCCAGUUCAGGACCCCGAGGCAGCCACGAGAGCCCGAGCAGAGCCUCCACAGGCUCAGGUGUCCUGCAGUACGGAGGGUCCCUGCGACUGCACCCACAUCCUAUGAGACAGAGCACAACGGGUAACAUCUGAAGGUCAAAAGUAAUUUUUGUGGAUAAUAUACGUAGUACAGAAGGAAAGGGGUUUUAAAAUGAAAGACUGAGUAUUUGAAUUAAUUUCAUGAUAUUAUAAAUUGAAUGAUUUAUUUUUUUGUUGUAGCUGGUUAGGGAGAUAUUAUUCCUUUGCACUGCUCCAAUUAACUACAAUCUAAGCUUAAAUGUUGUUAAUCUUCUGUGUUGCCUUUCAUAAUAUCUGUGACUCAGUCUCUUAACAGCUUUACAGUACAGUUCAUGAUUUCCAAAAGAGCAGGUGUUAGGUGUUGUGGCACCCUGUUAGCCAUGAUUUGAAAUGACGAGCAGCUAAAUUUUCUUUUAUUCGUCUCGACCAAAGUGCACUUCUUAUUGGGUUUAAUGAGCUAUUAGGCAUUAUUUUUACAAACCC